CGGCCAUGAAUGCAUACAGGGUAGACGCUGUGGCAACUGGUCAACUUUGAGAAGCCGAUAGUUAGAAAGAAAGAAAUUUGUGAGCGGAAUGUUCUGUAAACUGGAAAUAGACUUUCCUCAGCCAGCCAAGGAUGGGGUCCACGUAAAAAUAAUGAUCCUGAAUCCUGCCCGAAAUAAAAGGAGAAAUACUGAAGAAGAAGAAGAGGAGGAAGGCGAAAAGAGCAUCGCCGGCCAACGUCAUUCAUCUCCUUUUGCCCAUGGAUUCCAUCUCCGGUAUUUGAAUUUGAUUCACUUAGGUAUUCGGAGAAGCCCUGUAAAAGAAUAUUUGAAGUCUCCGUCUACCUCUCAAAUCUCAGUCGUCGGAAAUGGAGAGCGUAGGUGGGUGGCAAGGGCUGUUUCUGGGCGGAUUAGCCUCGUGGGUGGUGAUUUCUUCCAUUCUUAACGUUACCCAGUUGAUUAGAUGUCUCACUCAACCUUGGGUUUCUCGCCAAGUCAUUUCUGGCACCCCCAUUGCUUUAAAGAUCCAGAAAUAUCAGAGUUGGUAUCUGGAUGCUUUCUUUUCUGGGCUGUCUUGUAUCGUUUCUGUGCCUUUCUACACUGCCUUUCUUCCCUUUCUCUUCUGGACUGGGCAUUCUAAGUUGGCUCGGCAGAUGACCCUUCUCAUGGCUUUCUGUGAUUAUAUGGGAAACUGUAUUAAGGAUGUAGUCUCAGCCCCUAGACCAAGUUCACCACCUGUUAGGAGAAUAACAGCCACCAAAGACGAGAAAGAAAAUGCAUUGGAAUACGGACUUCCUUCUUCACAUACCCUUAAUACUGUCUGCUUGGCCGGGUACCUUUUACAGUAUGUGUUAUCCUAUACUGAGAAUGAAGAUAUCUCCAUGGAAAUAGCAGGAGUUUCCAUUGUUUGCUUGCUUGUUGGUUUGAUUGGAUUUGGGAGAAUUUACCUUGGGAUGCACAGCUUGAUUGACAUCAUUGGAGGUCUAUGUUUUGGUCUUGCGAUCCUCACAUUUUGGCUUUCUGUUCACAAUCACAUAGAUCGUUUCAUAAUCUCAGGACAAAACGUUACGUCCUUCUGGGCUGCACUAAGCUUCUUAUUCCUCUUUGCUUAUCCAACACCGGAGCUCCCCACACCAAGUUUUGAAUAUCACACAGCCUUCAAUGGUGUUGCAUUGGGAAUAGUAAUGGGAAUCCAGCAAACAUAUAAUCAGUUUCACCACGAAGGUGUUCCUCGGGUCUUUACUCCCGACCUUACAGUCCUUGCAUUUGUUGGAAGAAUGCUUGUAGGGAUACCGACAAUAUUAAUUGUGAAGUUCUGCAGCAAGGCUCUUGCAAAAUGGAUGUUACCCAUGCUUGCCAAUGCUGUGAGCCUCCCCGUGAAAUCAACCAGUUACAUCCCUGGAUUCUCUGCAUCAGUGAUCUCCAAAAAGUCGGAUGAUUUGGUGAAGAAGCCUCCAGCCAGCGGAGGAGGUUAUUAUGUGCAAAAGCUCUUCUUCUUCUCUCACCAAGAUACAUUUGAUUUAGAUACAAGCAUAAGACUGAUUCAGUAUACUGGCCUUGCUUGGGCUGUCGUAGAUCUUGUGCCGUCUUUGUUUGCUUACCUAAAGCUCUGAUAGUUUUUGUAUGUAACAUAAAAAAACUCAUUGCUUCUUAUGUUACUAAG